GGCUUUAAUAAUGGCUUUGACGCAAGAAUCCGUCCUGUCUUUGCUGAUAGCGGAGGGAGGAAAAGUAAAGAAGUCCGACUUGGUGGUGAAGUUCAAAGGCUCAAUAGACUCCGGCGAUCCCGCAGAGAAAGAACGGAACAAGGAGCUUUUCAAGACUUUUGUCAACAACCUCGCCGUCGUCAGAGAAAUCGACGGUGUCCGAUACGUCGUCCUGAGGAAAACGUUUCAUCAUUUGCUGGAAAGUGUCCAGCCUGCGGAGAACCAUGUGGAAAAGACAGAAAAUAAAGAGAUCUCGCUGACAGGUGAGCAGCAGCGCCCACCUGCGCGGAGUGAAAAGACUGAAGGCUGUGAGGAUGCAGGAGGGGAAAGAUCAGCUGUUUCUGAACCUGAUCAAGAAGAGCAGGAUGAAACUCCUGCAGAGUUACUCUCUCCUAUACAGCUGGCUCUGCAGAGGAGCAAAUACAACAGUGUUAGAAUUAAAAGGACCCUCAAUUUUGAGAUUCUCAGGCAGGACACAAAUGGGGAGAACAGCUCAAAUGAGGCCACCAGCAUCCAAAGGAAACCCUACGCUUUGCCUCUGAGAAUGCCGCCCAGUGCCACCAAGGUGGAGAUCCGCAAGCUGAGGGUGGACCCAGAUGAACCACCUCCUGAAAGUCCAAAACCAGAUGCAUUCAGGAACAAGCGAAGGCCACCUUCAGUGGAGACAAGCGGCAGCGUGAGUUCACCCCAGCUGAGGAGGGCAGUGAAGAGCACCAAGGCCUCAGAGGAGCCCAAAGAGACCAGGGGUCCCUCCGUGGUUCCCCUGGAGCAGUCUGAGCACGAAUGGCUGGUUAAGAGUGCCGCCGGCCAGUGGAGCCAGGUUUAUGGCCUGCUGCUCAGAGACAACCAGCUGGCCGAGAAAAAGGACUUCAUGUCAGGGUUCACUGCUCUGCACUGGGCAGCCAAGUGUGGAAACAGUGACAUGCUUGUGAAGAUUAUCGACCUAUCCAAGCAGGGAGGAGUUGACAUUGACAUUAAUGUAAAAGCACACGGAGGAUACACUCCUUUACACAUUGCUGCCUUGCACAGCCAGGACUACAUCAUGGCCAUGCUGGUGAGGGAGUAUGGAGCCAAUGUAAACAUCAGGGACAACUGCGGGAAGAAGGCUUACCAAUAUCUGCACAAAGACGUCGCUGGGGGUGUGAGGGAGAUGCUGGGCGAACCUAAAGCUCAGGACAGAGCCCUGCCUGAGAAAGAGGAGCUGGAAAUGGUCCCGGACCUCUCCAAGAGCCUGCAUUCAAUAAGCCGCCUCUUUCAGCCAAACACGACAAGCCACAAGAAGAAGCACAAGCAGAGGCUGGUGUUUCCCUCCCUGAGCGAAGACCCCAGUGAGGAGCGAGAAAACGGCAGCUUCAGACACAGACUCGCAUCAGACGUUUUCAUGUGAAGGCAGAGCUCUUGUUUUCAUGAGAGAAUAGUGAAAACACACCAGUAACCUUCAAAGAAUUCGACCAACAUUCCUCAGAUUUUAAUGGUUUCUUUAACAAUGGUGAAAUCACAUGAAAUCUUUCUUGUUUUUUCUGUCUUAUUUAUACUUCCUGACACUAAUAUUGAACUGAAAACUUGACUUCUGAUCAUAUAUGUACAUAUAAUGUUUGUUGUGUGAAGGGAUAAUCAUGAAAGUCUAGCAAUUCUGGCAACAUCUGGAAAAACAGAUGUGUCUCUCAAAUGGAAACCAAGUCAUCAAGACUUGACAACGUCACAGAGUUUGUUUACUGACUGAAUCAGCAGACUUGUGGUUUGGGAUGUUACCUGCAUGUCGCGUAUCUCAGACAGUAUUCAGGUGGGCCCAGUGAGUCGUCUUAUUACUCACUCACAUGCCUGUGGUCUCUUAAAGGCACCAUUGGUUCAAUUUCAGCUGUUGUUUUUCAAAUUAAGCUUAAGAUUUACAAUUGUAUAGCUGCAUUGUGUUUGUUUUGUAGUUCAUUUUCACUGUGUGAAUUACUAAUCACAAUGAAAUUCUACUUUUAAAGUUUUUUUGUACUGUAGCAUUCUAAUACAGGCAACAAAAACAACAGCACUGAGCAUUACACAAUGGAAAGAACUAUGUUAUUUAUUUCAUUUAUGUAACAGGGCUUCCAUUACCUCUUACCUUUUGCUAUAUAUUCCCUUUUAUUGUGAUUUCAGACUGAACCUCAUAACAAAAUGUAAAAAAAAAAAAAAACCUCUUUUUACACUUUUUCUCACUACAUCUUUCCACAGAUAACUUUAUUUUUAAUAUUUAGUUUUAUUUAACAAACUUUCCUUACAAUAUUCCUGAUUCAGAAUAAAUAAAAGAGUUGAUGCUGAAAGUAAGUUAAUGCAGAAUAAAUAAAUUCUGAUUUACCACGAUCAAGACCUGA